GGGAGCUAUGGCUAAACAUCACCCGGACUUGAUCUUUUGCCGCAAGCAGGCUGGUGUUGCCAUUGGAAGACUGUGUGAAAGAUGGGAUGGCAAGUGUGUGAUCUGUGACUCCUACGUGUGUCCCUGCACCCUGGUGCACAUGUGUGAUGAAUGUAACUAUGGCUCUUACCAGGGACGCUGUGUGAUCCGUGGAGGCCCCAGAGUUUCAGAUGCCUAUUUUUGUAAGGAGUGCACCAUCCAGGAGAAAGACAGAGAUGGUUGCCCAAAGAUUGUCAGUUUUGGGAGCUCUAAGACAGAUCUCUUCUAUGAACGCAAAAAAUAGGACUUAAAGAAGAGGUGAUUGGUGGGCUGCCUCUUUCUCCCCCAAUCAAGCUGCUGCAGCUGCCAAAAGAAAUGCCUACAGAAAGGAAUUGGAGCACAGAGCAUCACCUGAAUUGCCUAUUAGUACACUGGCACCUUUCCACCCUUUCCUCUCUUCUCACCCAGACAUGGUAGGAAUGGAAAAAAAAGAUUCUUCGCAGAGCACUCUGGCAGACUGUAUCACAGAAAAAUCGAUAGGUUGGUUCAUGGAGUUCCUUAAAUUCAAGAAGCAAGACUGUGUUAACCACAUUGAGAAGUUCUGUACACCAAAAGCUUCUAAAACAGGAAUGAUAUAUCAUUUCAGUCUUCUGUUUGAGGAGCUGACUGUGAAGCUAGCUGCAGUGAGAAGCACGUUCUUGCAGCAGCUCUGAUGGCAGUUGUCCUUGAUGAAACAUCUGCAGGGUGG